UCCAUUUCUGGAGGAAUGAUCUGGAGCGUUGAAAAGGGAUUAAGAAAAGAGUUUUGGCGGGGUGCGAUGUCUCAACUUGAUUUGGGGUUGAACAAGUAGAAGAAUUGUUAUGUGGGCAGUGGGGGUCAAUGCUUAUGUCAUUGCUUCAGGAGAAUUCUUUUCUUAAAGUGCAGCACUAUGUAGUAACUAGUUCUAGUAUGUAUUAGGACUAGCAGUGUUUGAGAGUAAUGGCAGGCAAUGACAAAAACUGUGUUGGAGGAGAAGAAGUUGGGGGAAGGAUGAAGAAAGGCCCAUGGACAUCUGCAGAGGAUUCAAUUUUGAUGGACUUUGUGAACAAACACGGAGAAGGCAACUGGAAUGCUGUGCAGAAGCAUUCGGGACUAUCACGCUGUGGAAAGAGCUGCAGGCUGAGGUGGGCUAAUCAUCUGAGGCCUAAUUUAAAGAAGGGUGCAUUCAUUCCUGAGGAGGAGCGUACUAUUGUGGAGCUCCAUGCCAAGCUCGGCAACAGAUGGGCUCGUAUGGCUGCUCAGCUCCCUGGGAGGACAGACAAUGAGAUAAAGAAUUACUGGAACACCCGUAUCAAGAGAAGGCAACGAGCAGGUCUUCCUCUCUACCCUCCUGAUAUAACGCCCUCUGACCCACAUCAGCAAACCCACCAAACACCCACUCAGCCUGUAGCUUCGGGUUCCCCAUUUGACCACACACCGCAUACCUCCAGGACCGAAACUAGUAGCAUUAGCUUUGAUGGGCUGAAUUCUGUUGUGAAGGGUUGUAAUCCUCUUUUCAGUUUCAGUGAAAUUUCAGUGGGCUCUGUGCCUAAUAAUCCAGUCCGGAGCUUCAAGAGUUUCAGAGAUGGUAGUUUUGUCCCAACACCACCUGUUUCCAGGUUUGAUGAUGUAAAGAGCACGCAACCUUGUUUUAAACGCUUACCCACUUAUACCCAGGCUGCCACAUGGAAUCCAUUCGCCGUUCAGGGAUUCCCAUAUGACCUUGAUUUUAGCAACAGCAGGACUAUGUCGGCCCUUGGAGGGAACUUGACAGGUAGCCAUGCUAUUGUUAAUGACAUUUUCUCUGCUUCCAGGCCCUCUCCGGGCCUGAAGCUGGAGCUCCCUUCAAGCCAAUUUGCCGAGUCUGUAAGCAUUACAGGCUUAAGCAGCCCGGAUCCAAAUAUCAACAACUCUUUUGCAAUAUAUCCCAUGACAUCCCACCUUCCCAAUCCAACAGACUGGUACUUGUUAUCAAAAAGUAGUGGGUUGUUGGAGGACCAAUUGCAUGAUAUCCAAAUGAGGAGUGGGGCCAAACACCUGUCUUCGUUCAGAUCCUCCUCAUCCUCCUCUGACUUGCCUGUAAUCUCCUCUGGGAACAAUGGUUGCCUUGUAGAUAGCUUUUACCCUUGUCAGAUCAAGCCGAAGUUAGGGGAUAAUAGUGACCCUACCAGUCCUUUCGAUGGUGGCACUUCUUCAGUAUUUAGCGACAACACUCCUCCCUGGAGUGCCAGUGCAUGGGAUGAAUCAUCUUCAGCACAGUCAACAAUUGGAAAAAACAUAAAGUCUGAAGAGCCCAACGAAGAGCAUAUCUCUAGUAGUAGCUGUGUAGAUGAAGACAUUUCUACCUUUUUUGCAGGGUCAGAUGUAUUGCCUGUUACCGAUUGUUACAAUCACAAUUCUGAAGUAGGGAAGGAACAGUCCGGUGUCACUGAUACCCUAAUUACUGUGUUGAGUGAUGCAUUGGGUGUGGGCUUCCAGCAGAUGGUCUCGACAAAUUUCACAAGAAAUCAACUAUGUGAGCAUGGCUCAUGUCUCUGAAGUAAUGUCCAGGGUGCAUAUGAAACUCUAAAACUACACCAUUGACAAUUCUUGAAUCUUAAGACCUGUAUGGAGAGGCAGUAAGCAAAAAUUGGGCUAAUUGGGACUACUUUUUGUGUAUCGAAACAACUGCUUGCUAAAGGGAUUACUAAUCACAAUUCGAAGAGCAUACCAACGAGGAGGAUGCUGAGACAUAUUCAUAUUUACGGUGCUUUAGUAGAUUUUAGUAUGGUGUCAGUUGGCGAAUAGAACAUGCUAGAUUAUCAAACUUCAGGUUUAAUCUGUUGUAGAUGUUGGCAAUUUAAGUGUUACUGUUUAUUUGCAUGAAACAUCACAUUGUGGAUGUUUGACUUUGAACUAACUUCCUCUUUUAAGGUUUUAUUUUGCAAGAACUUAAAUAUCCUACUACUGGUUUCUUCAAUUAAAGCAGUUGAUGAUGAGCAAAUCUUUUGUUA